ACUUUUGCGACUGCGCGCAUUGCGCACACAACUGCACACAGCGUGAUUGAUUGAGGAUGACGAGCACGGCUGGUCGUGGUGGUGGUGGGCUGGGGACACCUGCCAGUGUGACUGGUGCUGGCGUGUCUUCCUCUACUUCGCCCCACCCACCAGCGCCGCUGCACUUACAGGGUGCGGCGCAGCCAGUGGAGGUGGUGGUGGUCGAGAAAUAUGUGGUGAGGCGCCUCGUGGCCGGCAUUGGCGUGGUUGUGGGCAUUGCAGGUGCUGUUGCGUUUGGAGCAAACUUUGGUCAUCGCUGGCAGCCUGUGUCGCUAGCUAUACUUCAGGGCAUCGUUGCACUCCUCAACUACCUAGUUGCACACCACAGAAGUAGUCGGGCAAAACAGCGCAGGCAACCAGAGCCGUAUCAUCGCGGCCUCAAGCUCGUCGGGCUGGUUGCAUUUCUCCUGGGCCUCUUUGCCCUGGUUGCAGGAUUAGGCAUGGCCAUUGAAGAGAAGCAGAAGCUGACUGGGUCCAGUAGUUACAUUGACGCGGUGUGGGGAUUCCUGUUGGCGAAAUGGGGCAUCAUCAGCUGGGUGUUUGCCGAGCAUUUGAAUCUGCUUGAUGCGAAGAGACAAACCGCAUACACGCCACUCAUCGCACGACCGGCCGACGUCUAGGCCACGACCUACCACCAGCAGCAGCGGCACCACACCACAGCAACAACAACCAACGAAACCCCUCGCACCCAUUCAUUACCAACGAUUGCAGCAGCGGCAGCAGAGUAGCUCUUCCUCCCUCUCCCCCCUCCCACCAACAUACCGUUUCAUUUUUUAUGCCACCCUCGUCAUGUCACAUCAUCAUCACGCGUUUGCGUUGCGUUCUUGCGUUCGCUGCCACCAAGGCACGCUCGUGCACGCUGUGUCUAAACGUGUGCCUUGUGUCAUUCAGUCCCUUUCCUUUCCAUUCAUUCUUUCGUUCGCGCUGUCGUUUCAGAUUUGGAGUUUGUGUUGCUUGUUGUUGCUUACUGCAAGGUUGUGCUCCAUCACAUCAUCACAUCACCUGCAUGGCGUUGCCCUUAAUUGCCUGCCGUUCUGCUCGCGUCCUGUUGCCUUGCUUUCUGCUUGGCUGAUUGUUUGAUUGGUUGAUUGUUGGAUUGUUUGAUUGUUUGAUUGUGUGUUCUCUUGCUGCUGCUGUUGUCGGUGUUGGUGGUGGUGGUGGUGCUCGUGUAACAGCACAAUACAACCUCUCUCUCUGCA